UUGGCUAGGCGGCGAGGGGAGGCGGGCGGAGAAGAUGGCGCCGAGGAGCGGCGCGUGCUGAGGCGAGCGGAGCCGGACCGGGGCGGGCGGCGGUGAGAGGCCGGGCGCUGACGGCGGGGCCGGGAUAUGCGGCAGCGGCUGCUUCCUGUGCUGAGGCGGGCUCUUCUGGGCUUAGCGCGCCCCUGCGCCGUCCCGGCCUCCCAGGUUUUCCCUCAGUGCCGGCGGCGCAGCUUUCUCGGGUUUCAGACAGAGACAAACAACAAAAUGAACAAUCCAGCUAUUAAGAGAAUAACAAAUGAAAUUAUCAAAUCACCUGAGGAUAAACGAGAAUAUCGUGGACUGGAAUUGGCAAAUGGCAUUAAAGCUCUUCUCAUUAGUGACCCCACAACAGAUAAAUCUUCAGCAGCACUUGAUGUACACAUAGGAUCCUUGUCUGAUCCCCCCAACAUUGCUGGGCUUAGUCACUUUUGUGAGCAUAUGUUGUUCCUGGGAACCAAGAAAUAUCCAAAAGAGAAUGAGUAUAGCCAAUUUCUUAGUGAGCAUGCCGGGAGCUCAAAUGCUUUCACAAGUGGAGAACAUACCAACUAUUACUUUGAUGUAUCACAUGAACAUCUGGAAGGUGCACUAGACAGAUUUGCCCAGUUUUUCCUGUGCCCUUUGUUUGAUGAAAGCUGCAAAGACAGGGAAGUGAAUGCUGUUGAUUCUGAGCAUGAGAAGAACCUGAUGAAUGAUGCCUGGAGGUUGUUCCAAUUAGAGAAGGCUACUGGAAAUCCCAAUCAUCCCUUCAGUAAAUUUGGAACAGGGAACAAACUCACUCUGGAAACUAGACCAACCAAAGAAGGAAUAGAUGUAAGACAAGAACUAUUGAAGUUCCAUUCUACUUAUUAUUCAUCAAAUUUAAUGGCUAUUUGUGUCUUAGGAAGAGAAUCCUUGGAUGAGCUGACUUGCUUAGUAGUAAAGUUAUUUUCAGAAGUAGAGAAUAAAAAUGUUCCUAUACCAGAGUUUCCUGAACAUCCUUUCCAAGAAGAACAUCUCCGGCAACUUUACAAAGUGGUACCCAUUAAGGACAUUAGAAAUCUUUAUGUCACAUUUCCUAUACCAGACCUUCAGAAGUACUAUAAAUCAAACCCUGGCCAUUACCUUGGUCAUCUGAUUGGGCAUGAAGGCCCAGGGAGUCUUUUAUCAGAGCUUAAAGCCAAAGGAUGGGUAAAUACUCUUGUUGGAGGACAGAAGGAAGGUGCUAGAGGUUUCAUGUUUUUCAUCAUUAAUGUGGACUUAACAGAAGAAGGACUUUUGCAUGUUGAAGAUAUAAUUUUGCACAUGUUUCAAUAUAUUCAAAAGCUACGUACAGAAGGACCUCAGGAAUGGGUUUUCCAAGAGUGCAAGGAUCUAAAUGCUGUGGCAUUCAGGUUUAAAGAUAAGGAACGACCACGAGGUUAUACAUCAAAGCUUGGAGGAAUGUUGCAUUAUUACCCUAUAGAAGAAGUAUUAGCUGCUGAAUAUUUGCUCGAAGAAUUUAGGCCUGAUUUAAUAGAGAUGGUACUGGAUAAACUGAGACCAGAAAAUGUUAGAGUUGCAAUAGUUUCCAAGUCUUUUGAAGGAAAAACUGAUCGAACAGAAGACUGGUAUGGAACACAGUACAAGCAAGAAGCAAUUUCUGAUGAAGUUAUUAAGAAAUGGCAAAAUGCGGACUUGAAUGGGAAAUUCAAGCUUCCAAUGAAGAACGAAUUCAUUCCUACUAACUUUGAGAUUUUGCCCUUGGAAAAAGAUGCGACGCAAUACCCUGCCCUUGUAAAGGACACUGCUAUGAGCAAACUGUGGUUCAAGCAAGAUGACAAAUUUUUUUUGCCAAAAGCUUGUCUCAACUUUGAGUUUUUCAGCCCAUUUGCUUACGUGGAUCCCUUGCAUUGUAACAUGGCCUAUUUGUACCUUGAACUACUCAAAGACUCCCUCAACGAGUAUGCAUAUGCAGCAGAACUAGCUGGCUUGAACUAUGAUCUCCAAAAUACCAUCUAUGGGAUGUAUCUUUCUGUAAAAGGUUAUAAUGACAAGCAACAUAUCUUGCUCAAGAAGAUCAUUGAGAAAAUGGCUACUUUUGAGAUCGAUGAAAAACGAUUUGAGAUUAUCAAGGAAGCGUACAUGAGAUCACUGAACAACUUCAGAGCUGAGCAGCCUCACCAGCAUGCAAUGUAUUAUCUCCGACUCCUGAUGACAGAAGUUGCUUGGACCAAAGAUGAAUUAAAAGAAGCUCUAGAUGAUGUCACUCUUCCCCGCCUCAAGGCCUUUAUAGCUCAGCUGUUGUCACGGUUACACAUUGAAGCACUUCUCCAUGGCAAUAUAACAAAACAGGCUGCAUUAGGAAUUAUGCAGAUGGUUGAGGACACUCUGAUUGAGCAUGCUCAUACAAAGCCACUCCUUCCCAGUCAACUAGUGAGAUACAGAGAAGUGCAACUUCCUGACAGAGGUUGGUUUGUAUAUCAACAGAGAAAUGAAGUUCAUAAUAAUUGUGGCAUUGAAAUAUAUUACCAGACAGACAUGCAAAGCACUUCUGAGAAUAUGUUUCUGGAGCUCUUUUGUCAAAUUAUCUCAGAACCAUGCUUCAAUACUCUGCGCACCAAGGAACAAUUAGGUUACAUUGUGUUCAGUGGUCCACGUCGGGCAAAUGGCAUACAAGGACUGCGAUUUAUUAUACAAUCUGAAAAGCCACCACACUAUUUAGAAAGCAGAGUUGAAGCGUUCUUAAAAACUAUGGAGAAAUGCAUAGAGGAUAUGACAGAAGAGGCCUUCCAAAAACACAUACAAGCUUUAGCAAUUCGUCGUCUAGACAAACCAAAGAAGCUGUCUGCGGAAUGUGCUAAAUACUGGGGUGAAAUCAUUUCCCAGCAGUAUAACUUUGACAGAGAUAACAUUGAAGUGGCUUAUCUAAAGACUCUGACCAAGGAUGAUAUUAUACAGUUCUACAAGGUGCUGUUGGCAAUAGAUGCUCCCAGAAGACACAAGGUAUCAGUACAUGUCCUUGCAAGGGAAAUGGAUUCCUGCCCUGUUGUUGGAGAAUUUCCAUGCCAAAAUGAUGUGAACCUGGCACCAGCACCACCCCUACCACAGCCGAGUGUGAUAGAAAACAUGACAGAAUUCAAGCGGAGUCUGCCACUCUUCCCACUGGUGAAACCACAUAUCAAUUUCAUGGCUGCAAAACUGUGAAGAACCCCAGUGAAGAAAAGCAAAUGAGGAGUACUGACAUGGUUUCAGGGGACUUCAUGAUGAACAAAAUGAUUACAGAUCAUUAGGAUAAAUGGUUCUGUCCGUUAAUGAAAGUCCUGAAUUCCUUCUUGGUUCAUUUGACAUUAGCUGUGUGUUAGGGAUAGAGAGUAUAUAAAAAUCAGUUGUGGUCAUGUGUCAUUUAUAUUACAGACAACCUGUUGAAAACCAAAAUCAACUGAAACAAUAAUAAUAAAAAAACUUGUAGAUGCAGUAUAUUUUUAAAAUAGUGUAUCCCUCCAAAAUUUCAUUUUGAUAAAAUAACUCUCCAGACAAAAUUGCCUGAAAUAUCCUUGUUACUCCUGAAAACCACCAUUAGUAUCCCAAUAAUUUAUCUUAUUGGGGACUGGAGAGGGUGAGGAAAAGUAGGUCCUUUUUGGGAUGUGGGCAACAAUUUUUCUUAAAAAUAGAGACUUUCACAUUUUUUUGAAGUGAUGUGUUGAAUGAUACUUUUUUAAUUGAUCCUUAAUGCAACCAACAUAUUUUCUAUUUAAGUUUUAUGAAGACCAAUGGGGGUGAAGAAAAGGAAAUUUGACAACAUGGUAGUCAGUGAGAAUUGUCUUAAUGAGAAUAAUUGAAGAUAUGGGCAUGAUUUUAAUCUUUCUAUACAAAUUGGGGGACAUUUUAUAUUAAAACUAGUAAAAUGCUGGAAACACUUUAAUAGUGCAUCUUAUUUUCGUUAUCAGAAGUGUUGUCCCAGUCUGUUGAUACUGUCAACAUCCCAUUCAGUUUUUUAGUGUUACUGUGAAUUGUUUCCGUUUGGCAUAUAAAAUACGUUGUUUGCUGUAAUUUUUUUGUUUUCAGUUGCGUAUGUACUGAUGGAGAACUUGGUCUAUUUUGCCUCAUUUGUUAUGUUAGGUCUCAGUCCAGCAAAGCACUUAAUCGUUCAACUAACUUAAAGCACACGUUAGUCUUGACACAAGAACAGGUGAAUGUCAGAUAUGGGCCCUGUAAUGAAUCAGAUACAUUAUAGUUCUCAUACAUCUGUGGGGGUCCUUCUUGUUCCUUCAGAAAGGUAUCUGGGACAGUGCAGUACUGGCAUAGAACAGGGGGUGGUUCAGGUUACAUCACAAAAUGUUUCUUCCUACUUCUUUUAAGAAGGCUGCACAGAACCUAGAAGGACGAAGAGUUGUGCUGAAACUAUAUAUACAUAUGUAUGUAUAUAUAUUGCAUAAUUUAGUAGAAUGGCAAAACAAUAAUAUAUGGUGUCUAAUCUUCACCACGUAUACUGACUUCUGCAGAGUGGUGGUCUUUUGCUUGGUACAGCCCCAAGAUAGAAGAAGGUAAGGGAGCAUCCUACUAAGUUCUCCUACCUGUUUAAUGCAUAAAAUUGAUUGCAAUUUUUCAGACAGUAUGGAGUAUGCAAAGCACUGAAGAUACAAAAUCUGCUCAUCGGUGGUGUUACUGAGAGUUUGCUUCCUAUUAAAAAAACCCGAAGUUAAGGCCCUGAUGUGACAUGGGUGUUGUCACGUGUCAGAAUCCAGCUAUAUUUGAUAGGGGUGUUUUUGUAAUUGAAGUAAUGUUUUUUCUUACACUGGCUUUGAAGCCAAAUUAUAUGAAUGAUUGACAGGGUAAGGGCCUUAAGUUGUGUUUAUCUGAGAGUCUCUUUUAACUGCGUAAUUACAGUGUAUUUAAAAGUUAUUUUAAAGGUUAUCAGUAUGUAUCAACACCUUUUUAGUAAAUUUGAUUAUAGCUUGUGAUGUAACAUGUUGCCAGGGAAGGCCACUAGCUUUUUUUUUUUUUUUUUUGGUAGUCUCAGAAAAAAAUAUUAAACAUAAUAUAAGCAAAACCAGUUAAGGUGUCUGUGUUCACCACAUAUUUCAUGGAUCCAUUACAUAAAAUGGGCUUUUUAACCCUCUUCCAUUUCGCUUUUGUUUAUAGUUUUUCUUUAGUCAAAAUAUUUGUAUUAUAUAUAUAUAUAUUAAAUUUUUGACAACAUAUUAGAAAAUAUAUAUUUUGGGAUUUAGUAUUUAAACAUACCACUCUUACAGUGAAUAAAAUGAAAUGAAAUGGCUUCUAUCGAGUGUAAAAAUAAAUAGAUAUAUAUAUAUAUUCAUGGAAGUACUAUUGACUCUAACAAAUUCUAUACAUAAAUUGGAAUGGCAGUGUAUUUAAGACCAGCUCACAAAUCAUGCUUUCCAGAGGAAAAAAUGUAGACUUUCAAAGUUCUAUGACUGGAUGUGGAAACCCAUGUAGUUCUCCAGCAACUCUUAAUUACUUUUAAGUGUUCUCCAGCAUUUUACAGUUUCUGAGUUUGAUAUAGCAGUAAAUUUUGAUAAACUCAGGCAUACUAAUGGGUUCAUUAUAAUGGAUCCAAAGCUGCAGUGUCUACAAGCAAUAAAAAACUACCUAGAAUACACUGUAAUUCAAUUUUAGUGCUUGUUAACUAGUUUAUGUAAGAAACCAUAAAUUAUUAUUACAUAACUGUAAUUUUUGCAAGUGCUAUUUUAAGCAGUUGAUGUGGAAUUGGGUGCAUGUGACACAGCCAGUAUGACAGAGUGCUAGAGUUAUUCUGUUUACAAUAAACAAUCUGAAUUUAA